AACUGAUCAUCACUUCACUUCCUUCUCUUUCACCAUUCAUCUCCUCCCUCUCUUAUCUUCUUCUUCUUCUUCCUCAAAAUCCAGAACCCCAAUAAAGUUGCAGCACAUUUUUCUGCAAAAAAAAUGGCCUGCAGCGCGGCAGCUAGCAUCCACGCUCCGGCAGCGCUCUUCUUCUCCACCCAGUUCCCGGCGAAACCCACCUCCAGUUCCCCCCGUUUCCCAGCGGUGUUUUUCGGCAGCUCGGCCUCCUCCUCCCCGUCCGGUCUCAAUCUGAUCGCUUCAGCUCCGGCAAGGUCGUCGUCUUCUUCUUCUGCAACCGCCCGAGCGACCAAGGCCAAUCCCACGGGAGAACAGAAGUGGACCUACGAAGGCUCCGUGACCGAAUCGCUUCCAAACGGUAUGUUCCGAGUCCGUCUGGAUAACGAGGAUUUGAUAAUCGGGUAUAUUUCGGGGAAGAUUCGGAAGAAUUUCGUGAGGAUAUUGCCUGGGGAUCGGGUUAGGGUUGAGGUGAGCCGGUACGAUGUUAGUAGAGGUCGAAUCAUUUAUAGACUGAGGAACAGAGAUCCCAGCUCUGACUAAAAGAACCCCCAAACCCGGCCCUCAUAUGUAGAGACAAACUAUUCCUUUCUUUUUCUUCAUUUUGGCUCGCCAUAAGCUUCAAUGACGAUUGUUCUUGUAUAAUGGUUCUGGGUUUCAUGGAGAGUGUAUGAAAGAGGAUGAAUUGGUGAUCGUCAUAAGGAAACUGAAACUUCUUCUGAGAGUGUAUUGUCAAUUGGGUUUGUUUGUGUUUGCUGCAUUGAUCAUUACCAUGGGAAUUCAUAGCCUUGAACGAUGCUGCUUCUCUCUAGUUGAUAAUCCAAUCGAUUUGUAGGCUUGCAGGCAUUGCAGAAUGACAAAAAAAAAAAAAGAAAUUGCAGUCAAUAGUCUUGGAUUAGUUAAGCUGAUACUCUCUGCAAGAACGGUUGGUCUAAGUUUGCUCAUGCCAUCUUGUUACAGUUGAGAGGUGUCUUGUGAUGUUGUAUUGCAUCAUAUGCUCGAACCGUAUAUCGCAUAUCUUUCUUCGACGAUCAUGGUGUAUCUCGUUUUCGCAGGACAAUGCAUUUGCUUCCCCUUUUAGGACAGGGUUAGGUUAAACAAUCCAAGUGCAUGAAGAAACAUCCAUCAUAUUGCUUCGAAUGCAAGAACUCUCAUAACAUAUGAGACUUGACAGAGAUCUCGAGUAUCAAUUCAAUACACUGAUAGUUGGUUUUCUGUUGUGAUUUUAAUGGUUAAGUUAAAUGAUGAGGCUUCGUGCCAAACCAUAACUAUGAGUUCAUUGUCCCUUUUAUGAGAAUGUAGUUUGAACAAUAUUUAUCUAUGUUUGGAAAAGAAUGCAUGAUAAUUGUAGGAUAGACCUUAAAAGUUCAUAAUCAAGUGUAUUAUGCAUUGAUUGCAACACUAAAUGGGGGCUCAACAUCAAAUCGAGUUGUACUCUUUAAGGAAGCUCCUCCUCCAAGCAAUGUCUAUUAACAAAGCAAUGGUAACAAUAAGGAUUUUGAUCAAUUAUCCAGAUGACACUGACAAUUGCUAUUGACAGACCAUGUUGAUGGAUCCAUCGUGAUAGUAGUAUUUGCUACUAGUUUAGCAUAGAAAGAAUGGUGAGGCACAACCCCGUUGACUGAACAGAACGAAGCCCCUCCUCUCGUCGAACAACUAUCUUGUUGAUUCGCCAUUGCAAGAAUGAAAUGUGAUAGUAAACUAUAAUUGUGAAUUUGAAAAUGGGGGUCAUGGUGGAGAUGAUACUUAGAGGCAAAAGAGAAUCAUACUAGAUGUACCUAAUUGAAAGUGUGCCACAAACCUCCUCAUGGUAAGAACCCAUUUCCUACAGGGUCGUUUGGAUGAGGAAUUGUAACGGAUCAAUUUGACACAAUUGUCUCGUUUUGAGACAAUUGUACCAAAUUGCCUCGUUUGCCAGCAACAAAUUUGGAUGGAUCAAUCUGCCUGAGGUAUUUUGAAUUGAUCCGUUUUGAGUCAAUUUCAAUUACCUAGAGUGGGGGCAGGUAAUUCGAAUUGACUCGUUUUAAUUGUCUCGUUUAUAAGAUGGUAGAUGCAUUGUGGGGCAUGAUCACAAAUGUUUCAUAGACAAAACAUGUACAACCUCGUUUGGAUGGAUCAAUUUAGAAAACGAGACAAUUUAUCCAUCUACUCCGAACUACUCCAAAGUCCAAAUCAAAGCCAAUUCAAAUC